CAAAAUCUAAUCUUUUUUAGGGUAUCAUCAAAAACCCAAUCUUGAUUAGAAACAAGAAACUUUGUUGUUGUUUUUAAUAAAAAGAAAUAUUUUUCUGUUUUUGACAAAGGUAAAAUCAGGCCCACCUUUUACCUCCUGACCAUUAGCAUUUCCCAGUAUCUUAAAACCACUGAGCAGCAAAAGUAGAGAGCAAAAUAAACUCUCAGUCUGUCUGCCUCUCUCUCUCUCUCUCUAGCAGGAGGGGAAUUAACUUAACCAUUAAUUGCUACUUGUAUAAAUUGCUGUUUCUGUUUCUGUUUCAUGAAUAUAGGCCCUUUUGCUGACUCCUUUAGCUUCCUCUCUCAAACAAGUUAUGGAAGAAGAAGAAGAGUCCAAUACCAGCACAAAAUGCACUCCCAAAACUAGGAGUUUUAGAGAGAGGAGAGAGAGAGCUUACACCUAUCACCACCACCACCACCACCACCACCACCUGCUGCAGAAUUCCUACAGCUUUGGCUAUGGCUUUGGAUUUGGCUACCAAAAUCAAUACCAAAGUUUCCCUGCUUUGCUCCCUCUGCCUCCAACCAUACCUCUGCAGCUCACAGUCACUUCACCUUUCCCUCAAAAUCACACCUUUGGACACAAAUCCCAUCUUCGGAGAGGCCUAUGUAGUCCUGCUCUUGCAACUUCCUCAGAUUACCAUGUUCAAGAUUUCUCUGCAGGUAAAAAGGAAAUAAAAAAUCCAGUUAGCCUGCCUUAUAACAGGAAGGAAAAUGGAAGAAACAAAUCAGAUUCUAAGGCAAAGUCAUAUGUAAUAGCAAGAAGGCCAGAUUCUGGUGGGGUGGAAGGGAGAGUUGUGACCCUUCUUGCCAACCAUUUCCUAGUCAAAUUCAGCCCGUCCCACCAGGUUUUCCACUACGAUGUUGAGAUAUCUCCGAGUCCCUCGAAGGACAUUGCACGUAGAAUCAAGAAGAAGCUUGUUGAGGAGCAUCCACGUCACUUAUCCGGUGCUCUCCCGGUUUAUGAUGGCCGGAGGACUAUAUACAGCCCCGUUGAGUUCCAAGACGAUAGGCUCGAGUUCUUCAUCAGCCUCCCGAUAUCUGUAGGUAAAACAUCUGGGGAAGAAUUGGUGGACUUGUUACAGAAGAAGAAGCAGCAGCACAAGAUCUUCCGAGUGAAUAUCAAGCUCGUGUCGAAGUUGGAUGGGAAGGUUCUGAGCAGCUAUUUGGACAGCAAAGGAGAUGAUGCCACCCCUCUUCCUCAGGAGUACAUCCAUGCUCUUGAUGUGGUGCUGAGGGAGGGGCCGACGGAGAAGUGCAUCGCCUCGGGGAGGUCGUUCUACUCGAGUUUGAUGGGAGGGGCGAAGGAGAUCGGAGGAGGAGCCAUUGCAUACAGAGGGUUCUUUCAGAGCCUAAGACCAACACAGCAAGGUCUAGCCCUCAAUGUGGAUUUCUCGGUGACUGCUUUCCACGAGAGUAUCGGAGUGAUCCCUUACCUUCAGAAACGCUUUGACUUCAUGCACGAAGUCUGCCAGAGGAAGGCGAGGUGCUUGACAAGCGAAGAGAGGAAGGAGGUCGAGAGGGCCCUCAAGAAUAUCAGGAUCUUCGUAUGCCACCGGGAAACGGUUCAGAGAUAUCGAGUCCAUAGCUUAACUGAGGAAGUCACUGAGAAUCUAUGGUUUCCUGAUAGAGAUGGGAAAAGUUUGAGACUCUUAAAUUAUUUUAAAGAUCAUUAUGAUUAUGAUGUGCAGUAUAGAAAUCUGCCAUGUUUGCAGAUUAGUAGGAGGAAACCUUGCUAUCUGCCUAUGGAGCUUUGUAUGAUCUGUGAAGGGCAGAAGUUUUUUGGAAAGCUCUCGGAUGAUCAGACCGCGAAGCUCCUCAAAAUCGGCUGCCAACGGCCCUUGCAACGCAAGGCCAUCAUUGAUGGAGUUAUGGAUGGACCGGCCGGACCAACGAGUGGGAGCGUGGCGAACGAGUUCAAGCUGCACGUUGCCAGAGAGAUGACACAGUUGAAAGGGAGAAUCCUCUACCCUCCGAAGCUCAUGCUCGGACACGGUGGCCAUGUGAGAAAUCUGACCCCUUCGCGCCACGACUGCCAAUGGAACCUUCUUGACAGCCAUGUCUUGGAGGGCACGCGGGUCGAGAGGUGGGCGAUCAUAAGCUUUGGCGGCUCGACCGACCAGAAAUCUGGCAUCCCGAGAUUCAUAAACCAGCUGUGCCAAAGGUGUGAGCAAUUGGGCAUUUUUCUCAACAAGAACACUGUGAUUAGCCCACUCUUUGAGCCAAUGCAUGUGCUUGCAAAUGCCAAAGUGUUGGAAUCAAAGCUGAGAAAGAUUCACAAGGCUGCCUUCAACAAUUUGCAGCUCCUUAUAUGUGUGAUGGAGAGGAAGCACAAGGGCUACGCCGACUUGAAACGGAUCGCUGAGACGAGCAUCGGGGUGUUGAGCCAGUGCUGCCUCUAUUCGAACCUUGGCAGGCCGAGCUCGCAGUUCCUCGCCAACAUAGCCCUCAAGAUCAACGCCAAAGUCGGGGGAUCCACGGUCGCGUUGUACAACUCGUUGCCCUGCCAGAUGCCGAGGCUCUUCAAGCAGGACGAGCCGGUCAUCUUCAUGGGGGCCGACGUGACUCACCCCCACCCAUUGGACGACUGCAGCCCCUCCGUUGCCGCGGUCGUGGGCAGCGUGAACUGGCCCGCGGCCAACAAGUACGCGUCACGGAUGAGGUCCCAAACGCACCGCCAAGAGAUCAUCCAAGAUCUGUCACCGAUGGUGAAGGAGAUCUUGGAUGACUUCUACGAGGAGCUCUCGCAACUCCCGAGGAGGAUCGUGUUCUUCCGCGACGGGGUGAGCGAGACGCAGUUCGACAAGGUGCUGCGCGACGAGCUGGAGGCCAUACGGCGCGCCUGCUCGAAGUUCCCCGGCUACGACCCGCCAAUCACGUUCGUGGUCGUGCAGAAGAGGCACCACACCCGCCUCUUCCCGUGCGAGGCCACGGACCCGUCCCGGUCCAACGACGAGAACGUGCAUCCGGGGACGGUCGUGGACACCGUCAUCACCCACCCCCGGGAGUUCGACUUCUACCUCUGCAGCCACUGGGGCGUGAAGGGGACGAGCCGCCCCAUCCACUACCACGUGCUGUGGGACGAGAGCGGCUUCUCGUCCGACGAGGCCCAGAAGCUGGUCUACAACCUCUGCUACACCUUUAUGAGGUGCACCAAGCCUAUCUCGUUGGUGCCGCCCGCCUACUACGCGCACCUCGCCGCAUAUAGGGGCCGCCUCUACCUCGACCGCUCGGAUUCAAUCCCUAGCACCACCACCACCACCACCACCACGACGAGCUCCACCGUCUCGCGGUCUUCCCCACCUCAGGCAAUGCCCUUACCUAAACUUAGUGAGAAUAUUAGGAAGCUAAUGUUUUACUGCUGAUUUUUCGCGGGAAAAAUCAGAAAAUUAGGUCUCUCUCUAACUACACCUUGAUGAUGAUGAUGAUAUACUAUCUUUAUCCUAUCAUUGUUUGAUUAGAUUUGUGAUUGUUGUUCUUGGACAGCAUUGUACAGUAGUGUGAUCAUCAGUUUUCUAAUAUGUUGGUGUAAUAAUAAUCUUCACUACUACUACAAAAUUAACCAACAUUUCAUGAUUGUCUCAAUUUGAAAAGGAAUCUUGA